AUGUCAAACAAUGCCAUCUGCAAUUACAACCGAUAUUCUUUUAAAUUGCUGUGCCCAAAAUAUUCAUCGGUACCAGAGCAACAGCAAAGCGGCGCCGUUAAAGAACACUUGCUAAUUACAAGGAGCUAUUGUUUGGAUAAUUUGAUUGUUUGGAGAUUUGAUCGUUUGGAGAAUUUGAUUGUUUGA